AUGGGCAUGGGAAAGAGCCUCUCCAUGUUGACCUUGACUGUGCACACUCUGCAUGAGGCCGUACAGUUUUCCGAACAGAGACCACCGACUCCCGACCCAUGUACUCGACAGCCACUAGGUGCAACGCUGAUCGUGACACCAUUGUCUACUAUCGAUAGCUGGAAAUGGGAGAUUAAUCGUCAUCUCCUACCCAACUCCCUGACUGUCCUGACCUACCAUGGCUCAGGCAAGAAUCAACUCAGCGCAGAAAUGGAACAUGCACAAGUGGUCUUGACAACAUAUGAAACCCUUGCAAAGGCAGCACAAGACUCGGCGAGCGUGCUCAACCAGUAUUUGUGGUUUCGUGUCAUCUUAGAUGAAGCCCAUUGGAUCCGAAACACCGCCACUCAGCAAUUUGCUGCUGUCAGCCGCAUCCAGGCGCAGAGGCGCUGGUGCUUGACUGGAACGCCUGUCCAGAACGGCCUCCGAGAUAUCUUUGCUCUGACACGCUUUCUCAGAUUCCGCCCCUUUGCAGCGCCGCAGGACAUUCGGAGAUUCGUCACCGGGCCUCUAAGUCACCGUGAUGAACAAGGUCUAGCAAACCUCCAGCUUAUGAUGAAGGUUUGUUCGAUCCGACGAGUGAAGGCCGACCUAAAUCUCCCAGAAAGCCGGGUAUCGCAGGUCCUAGUCGAGUUGUCAGAGACUGAACGCAUCCAAUACGAGCAGAUCAAGGAAAGACUCCUGGCAGACUUGACUCAGGGUACAAGCAAAGGAGCCAAGACAACAUCACCGAUUUUCGUUCAAGGAAUUCGCCAGCUACGCCGCAUCUGCGAGCAUGGCUUAUCCAAGUCCGUGUCAGAGAAUGACGUACUGUGUACGAAGACAUCACCUGAAGUACCAAAGUGCGAGAAAUGUGACGCUCGCGGCUGCAAAGGAUCAGUGGAUAGACCGGUGGAGAUUGACUGUGGUCACUCGAUAUGUAACAGAUGUUUGGACACCGAGGGCCAAUUGAUGGGUGAUGUAGGGAUUCGAAUUUCAUCUUGCCCAAUAUGUGGUUCUCAAGACGACGAUGCAACCUUCUUUCUGGGCGAUUGGAACUCCGGAGUCGCGGUCUCCGACGAAGGGGAAUGUGAAACCACAACAGUCGAUUCAGGUUUCAUGUCCUCCAAGGUUCGCAAAGUCGUUGAUAUGUUGGCGUCCUUACACAAGAACGGAGGUGUACCCCCAAAAAGCAUUGUGUUCUCAAACUGGAGAGGAACAUUGGACGCCAUCCAGAAAGGUUUGGAAGAGCAGGAAAUAAUAUUCGCCCGCAUCGACGGCACAAGCUCCAUAGAGCAGCGACGCGAAGCCAUCAAGACAUUUCAAGAGGAUUCAUCAACACUGGUGAUGCUCCUCACCUUGGGAACAGGAUCAGUGGGGCUGAAUUUGACAAGAGCAUCUUAUGUCCACAUCGUCGAGCCGCAUUGGAAUCCCAUGCGCGAGGAGCAAGCUGCAGCCCGUGCCCACCGAAUCGGCCAGAUAAAUCCCGUCACGGUAUAUCGCUAUAUCGUGCAGAACAGUAUCGAAGAAAGAGUGCUUCGCAUGCAGCGCCAGAAACUUCAUUUGGCUCAAUUGGCGGGGAUGAGGGAAGAAUUCGUGGCAGAGAGGAAGGGGAUGACAGACGAUGUCCAAGGUCUCCGAGGACUGCUUGACAACUGCCGACUGCUCGAAGACUGA